UUAAAAGUAAACACGAAAAAAAUUUUCUAACUUAGAUUUAACAAGUGCCUGGGGUGUAUGAUGAAUUCCGAUCCGGUGUGCAUUCUGCUGGCCUCCACCUGGACAGGAGGCGAAAAAUUACUUUUUAGGUACCCUAAUAGCGUUAAAAAUGCUGAAAGUCGUGACGUUUUAGCCAUCUUAUCAAACCAUUACUAUGCCUUGAAACCGUCUUUAACACCAUCAUAUUCUGUCUGCAACGAAAGUGGACUAUCUAGUAUUAAAAAUGGAGUUUUGGUUGGCUUUGAAGACCCAGUGUUAGCAAAUCUGCUACUGACUGUGAACACUCACAUCUGUACACACAAAUACGAGAUAAAAAUUAACGAUGUCUUAUUCGUCGGUUACUCCAAUAAACUCUGCAAGAAAAAGACUUUGGAGAAGCAAGAAAGUCUAUCCAUCUACUUUAAUGUUGUCUUUGCUCUGAGGUCAAACGUGGACCCCUACUUUAUCGACGUUUACCAAGACCUAUCGCAGCAAAUAAGCCACGCGAUUAUCCAUGAGGAAUCACGAGUUGGUUAUCUAUCAGUUGAAAAGCAGGCAAUAUUAGAACUGCAUGAGUUGCAUAAUGGGGAACCCAAUGAGUUGCACGACCGAGUGUCAGUUGAAAGUUCGAUAGGAAGAUUCCUCAAGAAAGUAUUUGAAGAUGUAACCAACAAAGGCUCGGUCGACACCUACCUCAACAAAUGGAUUAGAGUCAGUCAUUGUAUAAACCCUAGACUGUCAAGAAACAUGACGUCAUAUUAUAAUAAUAAUAAUAUUAAUAAUAAUAAUAAAAACAACAACAAUAAUAAUAAUAACCAAUCAAUGAUUAAUAAUAGUAAUAAUAAUAUCAAUAAUAAUA